AUGGUCGGCCGGGCGGUGUGUUGUCAUCCGCGGAGCGACGGCCGGAGGCGGCGGCGGAGCCCCGGCGGGGCGUUUGGUUUCGGUUUGGCCCUGACUGGGAUUAGUGUUGACGGUCGAAAUGGGAGUCCCCAAGUUUUACCGAUGGAUCUCAGAGCGGUAUCCCUGCCUCAGCGAAGUGGUGAAAGAGCAUCAGAUUCCUGAAUUUGACAACUUGUACCUGGAUAUGAAUGGAAUUAUACAUCAGUGCUCCCAUCCUAAUGAUGAUGAUGUUCACUUUAGAAUUUCAGAUGAUAAAAUCUUUACUGAUAUUUUUCACUACCUGGAGGUGUUGUUUCGCAUUAUUAAACCCAGGAAAGUGUUCUUUAUGGCUGUUGAUGGUGUGGCUCCUCGAGCAAAAAUGAACCAGCAGCGUGGGAGGCGUUUUAGGUCAGCAAAGGAGGCAGAAGACAAAAUUAAAAAGGCAAUAGAGAAGGGAGAAACUCUUCCUACAGAGGCCAGAUUUGAUUCCAACUGUAUCACACCAGGAACUGAAUUUAUGGCCAGGUUACAUGAACAUCUGAAGUAUUUUGUAAAUAUGAAAAUUUCCACAGACAAGUCAUGGCAAGGAGUUACCAUCUACUUCUCAGGCCAUGAGACUCCUGGAGAAGGAGAGCAUAAAAUCAUGGAGUUUAUCAGAUCCGAGAAAGCAAAGCCAGAUCAUGAUCCAAACACCAGACACUGUCUUUAUGGUUUAGAUGCUGACUUGAUUAUGCUUGGAUUAACAAGUCAUGAGGCACAUUUUUCUCUCUUAAGAGAAGAAGUUCGAUUUGGUGGCAAGAAAACACAACGGGUAUGUGCUCCAGAAGAAACUACAUUUCACCUUCUACACUUGUCUUUAAUGAGAGAGUAUAUUGAUUAUGAGUUUUCAGUAUUAAAAGAAAAGAUCACAUUUAAAUAUGAUAUUGAAAGGAUAAUAGAUGAUUGGAUUUUGAUGGGGUUUCUUGUUGGUAAUGAUUUUAUCCCUCAUCUACCUCAUUUACAUAUUAAUCAUGAUGCACUGCCUCUUCUUUAUGGAACGUAUAUUACCAUCCUGCCAGAACUUGGGGGUUAUAUAAAUGAAAGUGGGCAUCUCAACUUACCUCGAUUUGAGAAAUACCUUGUGAAACUAUCAGAUUUUGAUCGGGAGCACUUCAGUGAAGUUUUUGUGGACCUAAAAUGGUUUGAAAGCAAAGUUGGUAACAAGUACCUCAAUGAAGCAGCAGGUGUAGCAGCAGAAGAAGCCAGGAACUACAAGGAAAAGAAAAAAUUAAAGGGCCAGGAAAAUUCUCUGUGUUGGGCUGCUUUAGACAAAAAUGAAGGCGAAAUGGUAACUUCUAAGGAUAAUUUAGAAGAUGAGACUGAAGAUGAUGACCUAUUUGAAACUGAGUUUAGACAAUAUAAAAGAACAUAUUACAUGACGAAGAUGGGGGUUGACAUAGUAUCUGAGUACGUUUUUGCCAAUGCUUUUAUUUUAAAAUAGAAAAAAUCAGAUUUUACAGUUAUUCAGAAAACAACGUAAUUUUGAUAAAGUAGUAGGAGAAAAAGGAUUUUUUGGUUUCAUUAAUUAUUGUGUAUGUUUCAACUAAUCUGGUUUUGAAGAAGAUGGUAUUAAUUCUGACUUGUAUUAUAUUACUGUGAUAAAAAUUGCUGAAGAGAAAAUGAUCCUUAUAUAUAAGGAUUUUUGUUACAAAGUUGUUUAUAAUAGUAAAAAAUUAGAAAUAAUCUAAAUGUCCAGUAAGAAGGUUCAUCAUAAUUAGCCACUGCUUCUUCAUUACAGUCACCAACUCUGUCACCUCUUCCAUCUCCAGAAUCUGCAGAACUGCUAAACUGGUACUUGCAGAAAGUUCAUAACAAUUUGGAAGGAUGCUUAUAGUACAUUAUUAAGUACAAAUUGUAAAGGAAAGACAUGAAAUCGUACAUACAGUAUGCUCUCAUUAACACUUUAAAAAACCUAGAUACAGAAAAAAGACCGAAACACUACAAAAUGUAAAAGUGAUGGUUAUAAGAUGAUAAAAAUGCUGUUCUUCAUUAUCCAGAUUUUCACUCAUGAGGAAAUAGUUCUUUUAUAAUAAAAAAGCAAUUAUUUUUCAUGAUAAAAAACAUACCUCCCAGAAA